AUGCGCAUUAAGCAACUGUGGAAUAUCAUCCCUCUCCCAUCCAAGAUCAAGUUACUGUGGGAUCGGAUAACUCUUUCACGCACAACUGCUUUUUACUUCGUAUUUUCCAUUCUUCACUGUGUCCUCCAGAUCAUCUUUCAAGGGCAAGCCUUUCGUAUCAAUGUUGGGGCUGCUGAAUUCUUGGCUUCGAUCACAACACAAGGAGACACCAUCGAUUCGGACGCAUUCUACGUUUUGGGGAGUGACCUUCGUCUUUGCGACAGUAUCCCAGCAGACUUCAGCACUAGCUCUUGCCAAAUAGUCUGGAAUGGCACGACAGUUGGGGACAAUUCGGUGGCAUCCGCCAAUGCAGUGGCAUCUACUUCACAUUCAACGGGGACGCCAAGUUCCAUGGUCUCGACCCUUUUCGCGUCCUCAGGGUCGAAGGUGUCCACUAUUUCAAUGAGUUCGAGCUAUUCUGCGAUGUCAAGUUCCACGAUCUCGACCUCUUUCACGUCCUCGGAGUCGAAGGUGCUUACCAGUUCAAUGAGUUCGAGCUAUUCUACGAUGUCAACGUUUACGACAUCUGCAAGUCCAACAACUACCGCAACUUCGAGUUCAACAACAUUCACGGACCUUGUGUCUUCUUCCCAUACCGCUACCUCAUCGGCGAUGGCUUCAAGUGCCACUGAUAAGGAGCGCAGAGAGACCGCUGCUGAAAUGCCAAACAGACGCAACCUCAUUGGAGAUAUCCAAGCCGUCGAGGUCAAUGGCACUGUACAAGUCAUUGCUGAACGGACUUGGCUGGAACAAUCAAGCAGUUGUUUUAGAUCGACAGUGCCUUUGGGCUCUGAAUUACCCAGUUCAAAUACCGAGCGGGAGGAUUUGACCUUCAUCGCUUUUCAAAUAUGGGUUCUCGGAAUGUCUAUCGUUGCUGUCCUGAAUGAAUCUGUCCCUCACACCAUCGCAACUCUUUUGACCCACAUGCUGGCCACUGUAUGGGCAGGAUAUCAGAUAUUUAACACUGCUCAAUUUCAUGGUGACUUUUCGAGGUUGUCAACGAAUGGAGCUUGCAAUCCGAUCAAUCUUUUGCCGUCAUAUUGGAAAAGUCGCUUUGGUGCUGAAAUCGCAAGCCUGGUGCUGAAUGUCGUUGCGCUGUUGGUUUCUUCCUUCCUAUCGUGGAGGCUUGCCAAGCUCUUUGGCUGGCAGACUUUCAAGCGCGUCGGGGCUUCAAUCACUAUCAGUCGUGUCUACAAACUUGUGCUGGUGCUCUCGAUCGUUAUCCAGAUGUCGCUCUUUUUCAUGGUGGUCGCCAUCUCACUUUGGCUUGAUCAACUUUGCAAUGGCAACAUUGGGCGUCUUAACUCUGACCCUGUAUAUAAACCUUUCCUGAUCGUCACUCUCAUCCUCUUGCUUCCAUGGUUGACCACAGGCUGGUAUGGUGUGCGCCGAGAACUCAAAAUACCUAUGCUCGUAUUUCUUGCGCUCAGUGUCGGAUACCUUGCAGGCUGGGCAGCAAUGUUCGAUUCCACUGCAUUCCGGUGGACGUACAUGACCUGGACGUUCUUCGGGGUGAUGACCACUGCUUCCGUCUCCCUGGCUCUUGUUGCGUUCAUCUUGGGUAUCAUAUGUCGUGUUAACUUCGGCAAGGGGCUUAUACGCUAUCUCAAUACAGAAGAGCCGAUCCCAGAAGACUUUGUACCCGUCAACUACGAAGAUGACAUAGAGAAGAUCGCAUUCCCAACGGAUGGUAUGAGAGUGCCCACAUUCUCCACCACGUUCGGCGCGGGACAAGAAGUUUCUCCCUCUCAGAUGCUUGCUCCUCCCAUGUGGGAGAAGUUCUCCACACCUGAAGGUUCAUUCCCGGCCCCGGGAGCUAUUCAAGUGCCCCAGGUUGUUUUGGCAAGGUUGCCAUCCUCCGGAUCCUACAAUACCGCUGAACGGCACGUGUCCAACAUUAGCACCCAUAGUUCAACGAGUACUACUUCAGGACAUUCCAAACGCUGGGUCAUCGAGUAA